UAGUAGUGGUUGGUUGCAGUAGUAGAUGUUGGUAAAUAUUAAUCUUGGUUGGUUAACCAAUCCAUUCCCCUGCUCAUCUCUCUCUCUCUCAUCUUUCUCUCUCUACAAUUGGGUGGCCACCACCGGUCCACCGGCCUUCAAAAUUCACAUUAUUGGAACGAGGAAGACUUGGGGUGUCAUUGGGUCCCAUUUCAUCAGUUUUUCGUUUGAUUUUCCCCGGAAAUCAUAAAGAAAUCCACCAAAUACCUUUCAGAAUCUGGAAAUUAGUUGGAUAAUUUGCUCGUUUGUUAGAGGUAUAUGGCUUGGAGGAGUAUGAUAUCUCUCUGUUCUUUUCAGAAUCUCGGGAGUAUCUUUAAGGGUAGAGCGAGGGAGGCGGAGCUUUGUGCACACACUAUUAAGUCUCAUGGAGCCACGGUUGCGAGGAAUCACAUGCAUGAUUGGCUUAUAUUGCUUCUUCUUGUGGUCAUAGAGAUCAUUCUAUUUGUUAUAGGCCCGUUUCAUCGCUUUGUAGGGAAGGAUAUGAUGACUGACCUUAAAUAUCCAAUGAAGGAUAACACAGUACCUGUGUGGGCUGUUCCUAUGUAUGCAGUUUUGUUGCCUAUUGUCGUUUUCCUUUUCUUCUACCUUCGUAGGCGAGACGUCUACGAUCUGCACCAUGCCGUGCUAGGCCUCUUGUUUGCUGUCCUGUUAACUGGGGUCCUCACAGAUUCAAUAAAAAAUGCGGUUGGACGGCCUAGACCUGACUUCUUCUGGCGUUGCUUUCCUGAUGGAAUAGAUAACUAUGAUCAGUGGGGUGAUGUAAUUUGCCACGGCAAAGAUAGCGAUAUAAAGGAAGGACAUAAGAGUUUCCCAAGUGGUCAUACUUCAUGGUCGUUUGCGGGUCUGGGUUUUCUAUCAUUGUACUUGUCGGGGAAAAUCAAAGCAUUUGAUCGCAGAGGACAUGUGGCAAAACUAUGCAUUGUUUUUCUCCCUCUUCUCGUUGCAUCUCUUGUUGGUAUUUCUCGGGUGGAUGACUAUUGGCACCAUUGGCAAGAUGUGUUUGCAGGAGGUCUCCUAGGUCUCUCUGUGGCAGCAUUUUGCUAUCUGCAGUUUUUCCCACCUCCAUAUCACCAGGAAGGAUGGGGCCCUUAUGCAUAUUUCCGAGCAUUAGAGGAGUCGCGUGUUAACUCACAACUAACACAACCCGCAAAUGGACUCAAUAUGCAAGCCAUGGAUGGACAAACUGUGAAUCAACAACAAUCAGAGCUACGAAGCAAUUCAUUUAUCCCACUACCUACCGAACACAACUCAAACUCAUCGGUAGAGGACUUGGAAUCUGGGAGUAAGUAAGGUUGUUGAGUCUUGUGAUUUGUUAUGGUCCCAAGCUGAUUGUGUAGGUGGACUAGGCUGCUGUGAAUAUAUAUAGUUGAAGAUUUUCUGUAUUUGCUGAUCCACAAAUUUUGCAAUAAGAUGGUAGCUGCAUAAGAGACUAUGCCUCUGUGAUUAUAAAUAAACAAGCUUUCAUAUUUUCACUGUA